GGGGGAGAGGACUCUUGCCCGCUGCUCCCGGCCUCCCUGCCCCUCGGGGCCGUGCCGGUGAGACCUCCUCGGGUCGGGCUUUGCACAGGCGGAACCCUCCGUGCUCGGCAGUAACGGCAUAACGCUAACGAUCCCACAGGGAGACAGAAUCAAAUGCCAUAUGGUAUUUUACACUUAGGAUGCGGUGCUUACCAAGAGCUGGAAGGAGACAGGAAAAGGGGGAGUUAACAAUUCAUAACCAUUUAUGGAACAGGCACAGCCCUCCUUGGACCCAGUUCAGCAGAGUCUGAGGGCCUCAGAUCAGGAACUUUAUCUGGCUAGUAAUUGCAUCGGCAUGCUGGCUUUCUUGUGUGCGUGUGUGGGCAUUUGGUGAGCAGGAUACAGAGCUGCAGAAUCUUUGUGCUGGCAUCCACACACAAGGAUGAAUUAAAUGCACACACGCCUCCUGGGAAGGACCAUGGCUGGAUUCUACGGUUGCCUGAAAAGUAAAAAUUUGCAGAUAUUGGCAAUUUCCAUGGAGUUUUCUCAGACAUGCAGUUUUUCAAGCCCCUGUAGAGCAUGUUGAAGCCAGCUGAUGGUAAACUCCUUUCCUUAGCUACUUUGUGCUGAUCGCCACGAAGCAGCCCGUGGACUCCCAGGGCUCUGCGCACCACGGGUCAGUGACUAUAUCAUGGCAACAGGGCCAACGGUGGUCACACAGUCACCUGAAACGGGAGACACAAUUGAAGAAUGCACGGGAAAGAAAAAAUCCAAAUUUCAGACUUUCAAGAACUUCUUUGCCAAGAAGAAAAGGAAAGAGCCUCCACCUCCCAGGGGGGAGAGUAAUUUAAAACCUAGCCAGUCCAGCAGCGAUGUCAGCAUCUCUGUGCUCAACACAACUGCACUUCAUUCACCGAAGGAGGCUGGGCCCAAAGGAAGCAUGGGAAACAAAGCCUUGUCCCAUGACAGCGUCUUCAUUUUUGAGUCUGCACCGGGAAGCGUGGCAGGUGACAUGUUGUCUCAGGAAAACAUACCUGGAAGAGUGAAAACUUUGCAGCUUCAGUUGCAGCAGAGCAUCAGACUUGGAUCACCUCCUCUUGUUAUAACUGGAAAGAAACUGGAAGAUGCAGGUGCUGUUUCUGAAGAUGAUGGUUUACCUAGAAGCCCUCCUGAAAUUUCAACCCUUCAUGAAGUUCUGACAGAUUCACCAAGCAAGUCUUCCAACCCUGUUCAGCGUCAUAGCUCUUUGAGUUUAGGCGGGACAGACAGUGAAGAUGAACAGAUACCUUCAGGAGCUUCCUCCAGGCCCAUCAGUCCUUCAUCCUCUGCCACUCCGGGGGCCCCCAGAUCACGAGGCAGCAGCUUCCUCCCCGUUGACUUCACCAUCCCUGCCAGUCCCCUCGGCUGCCUGGACACCUCCGCAGCCCGGCACAGGAUUGCCAUCAACCCCCGGAAACAGAAAGGCUUUACCAACAAGACUCAGCAACCUCCCCAGGUGGAACAGCUGGAAAAUGAAGCAAGUCCUGCUGCAACUCCAGAAAAGAAAAGAAAUUCAACAGAAUUACUUGAGUGUGACCAGCAUAAAAGUGAUUGGGAAGGAUUACCAGCCCAGGUGGGACACUCCGCAAAGGGAGGUGGUACUAAUGAGAUGGCAGGUGUAAAAAGUCCCACUGAUGCCACCCGUGACUCCUGUGAUUCCACAGUUGUGCCAGAAGUCUCUUGUGCUUUGCUGCAAGAGGAUGCAUGCCCUCCAGAUAUGGACCAUCACUAUAAGGGAGCUGCACCCCUUCUGAGACCUGAGCCUUCCCCGGUGAACCUGGAGGAGCCUCACAGUGCAAAAGUGUCGUACUGUUCAGAUGAGUCUGCUGAUGAAUUGAAAUUACAUCAGAAAAAUACCAAUACUGAGGUAUCUGCACUUCCAAAAUUGGAACAAAUUGAAGGAGAAGCUGUUGCGUUUCCAGACAUACUAGCGGCUGGCUUAUUUAGCAAUGGUGUGGAAAGAGAGGGCAUAGAUAAUAUAUUGGAAGAUGUUGCACAAAAAUCUUCAUUAGAUUCUGUGGACUCAAACAUCAAAGACCAGGAAAAGGGGGGUCCACUGUUCAUUGGCAAAGUAGAAGCCUGCUUGGAUACUGUUGAGAAUCAUUCUAACCACGCUGUCUCAGAUACUGCACCAAGCACUUCACAGGUUGCAGUAGCCGAUUCAGAGUCAUCUUCUAACAUCAAGACAGUGGCUGUUUUGAAGCCUGAAAACAGUUCAGGAACAAGAAAUGACAAAGAAACUUGUGAAAAAAUGGAAUUUCAGUCAUCCAAAGGCAGUGCAGAAAAAAACAGAGACGCUGCUGCAUCUGUCUCAGAAGCAGGUUGCACACUACCUCCCAGAAAACUGGAAGUAUGUUUUAAAGCAGAAACUGUUUCAAAGGGUAACCAAGGCAGUCAGCAGGACAACCCCUCCUACGUUUCUGAAAAACUUUCCAUUGGAUGUCUUGCCUCUUCAAGUUUGGCUGGCUUGAAGAGUAAUAUGUCUUCCAAUGAUGACAGUAAGGAGUACCAGAUAAGCAGUACAGCUUCUCACAGAAAAACAGUGGAAGACAGUCGAUCUUCAGAUGACAAUGUAAAAAGUCCACUGAAGACUGCUGCUGCUAAACCAGUCAGAUUUACCAUUGCACCAGCGUGGCAAAGAUCUCUCUCAGGGGGUUCAAAUUCAAAGGAAGAUUCCUAUAACAGAAGUUCUCCAACGUCCCCUAUACGACCAGAGUUGUUUGAAGGAGUGACAAAAGAACACACGCGUUUUGAUGCAGUCAUCCAGGAAUCAGCAAAAACCAACUCAGAUAGAUUUGAUCGAGAUUGUAAGGACAGUGAUUUGCAUUUGAAUUCUUCUAUGGAGUGGGCUCACCAUGAGGCACAAAAUGUUGAAAACCCGUUUGGGGUCAAACUAAGGAGGACAUCUUCCUUACUAAAAUACCAGAAUGAAAGCCACGCUGAGUAUCCAAAGCUGACCUCUUCAGCAGUUCCCACUGCUGCUUCUGCUUCAGUUAAGGAGGAUCAGAAAUCAGUGGGCACUGGGAAGCAACCUCCAGGCAUUCCUGUCAGCACAAAAUCAUUUGUUAAAAAAACAGAUCUCCUAGAAGACAAAAGUCCUCCCAAGACAAGAUCAGAAGAAGUGGCAAAGAAGCAAAAUGGUCAUAAACCUUCAGAAAAAGUCUCUUCUCCACAUUCAGAAACUGCUUCCUCUGAACCAGCUUGGGUCUCCGUGGCAAAACUAAAACAAAAGGGUUUCCAGGACCACCCUCUUGCCAAAGAACAUAAAGCUGAAGACAAAGCUUUGACCAAAGUGGAUCAAGAGGAGCAAGGGAUCCAUGCUAGUGAGAACAUAGUGAAGAAGAAUAUGCCUUCCAGCUUGAGCUCUCAGGACAAGAAAACGCAAAUGAAGACCAGUGUGUCUGCUGCAGCAGGUAAAGUUGGACCUAUUGCUCAGGAAGCAUCUGUGAUUCCUGCUGUUGAAAAGGAAACAAGACACUCCUCUAACCUGCCAAUGACACCAUGCAGCCCCGCUGAACCACCAUGGCUAUCCCUGGCCAAGAAGAAAGCUAAAGCAUGGAGUGAAAUGCCCCAGAUUGUACAAUAGCAAAUGACAUGAACUUCCUUCUUUGUAUUGCCAAUAGCUGCAUUAACUCCAUUUAAUCACUUCUUUACUGUGACCUUUUAUUUGAGAAAUAAGAGCCUUAAAACUUUUGAUCAGACUGUUGUAUGUAAAUACACAAUGAAGAAAUGCCAUUGCGGGCUUAAUUUGAAAUAUUAGGAAGCUGAGCAUUUCCUACUACGAAAUACUAGGAAAACUUGAUCAAUUUGUUAUAUCCUUACGCAUUUGACAGUGAUGUUCUAAGAAGACAUGCUUCAGGCUUUUGAAACAUUUCCCUUGCAAAAUAUGUUUUUAAAGUUCCCGUAGACCGUACAGUAUUUUGUGCAAUGUGGCUUCGGCUAAGAAAUUAAUGUAUGCUAUAAAAUAGAUACAAUGCUGGGCACUGACA